GCCAUUGUCUCCAGUGUUCUCGGCUUUGGGACGUUUCAUCCUCUGGCUCCUGGGCGAUUUCUUUCCAAUUAGGCAGAGUUGACCGCGCGCAGGUGUCAUGGAAAGCGCCCAGAAAUCUCUUGUGUUAUUAUCCUUCAGUGGGGCUGUUGGACUGACUUUUCUUAUGCUGGGAUGUGCCUUAGAGGAUUAUGGUGUUUACUGGCCCUUGUUCGUCCUGAUAUUUCACGCCAUCUCUCCCAUUCCCUAUUUCAUUGCCAAAAGAGCAACAUAUGACUCUGAUGCAACAAGCAGUGCCUGUCGGGAACUGGCAUAUUUUUUCACUACUGGAAUUGUUGUUUCUGCCUUUGGAUUUCCUGUUAUUCUUGCUCGUGUGGCUGUGAUCAAAUGGGGAGCCUGUGGCCUUGUGCUGGCAGGCAAUGCAGUCAUUUUCCUUACAAUUCAAGGUUUUUUCCUAGUAUUUGGAAGAGGAGAUGAUUUUAGCUGGGAGCAGUGGUAGCACUAUGUUCUGAUGAAGUGCAUUUAAUUUCUUAAAAUUCAUACUAUAUGUAUGUGUGUGCACAUGUGGCCUUUUGCUAUGAAAUUCAAUAUGCUGGGGGGUUUUAUACUUUUAUAUCAUGUUCACUUUAAGGAGGACUGCAUGAGAAAGAGAUUUGUUUUACUACCAGCAAAUAGACCACUCCACUUACUCAAGUUGAAUUAUGUUAUUUAGCUGUUCAUGUAUCCAUGGUGCUCUCAGAAAAUACAUUAACAUGGUUUUGUAGCCAGCUGCUCGCGUAUGCAAUGCAUCUACACCUUUUGCCUGGGGAUGUGCUUGAAUAGGAGCAGGUUUCAGUUCUGCUCAGGAUUUCUAAGAUACACUUGUGGCCCAGAGGGACAGGUGGCACACUCUUUGUGUGGUAGACCCUCUCUUCUCAAAGUGUGGUCCGUAGACCAAGAGCACUGGCAUCUCCUAGGCACUUAUUACAAAUGCAGAACCUGAGGGCUCACCCCAGACCGUGUGCAUUUUGAUGAGAUCCCAAGUGAAUCGGAUGAGAAGCACUGCCAUAGAGGACUCAGCAUCACAUGCAGCUUCCUUUUCUUCCCUGCGCUGAACCCUUAACCUCCCUGGGUGUUACCUGCUCACUUGUGAAAAUUGUUUCACCUGCCCCGUGCUGAGGCCCAGCCUAGUUUAGACUCUCUGGGGUACUUGUGAAAUGCCCACACCUGUGAUGCAUAGGCCGUUCCUCACAUUUAUGAAGUGUUCUCAGUAGGAACAGCUAACUGCCUUUGUACUGUCUGAAAGGCAGUGGCUGUUUUCACCGUGCUGGGAACAGAAUAACCCCAGAGCCUGGCUGGGCUGAGUGGAGGGAGGCCAGGAACCAGUCCCUGCUUUAGCAGGAUGAGGAAGGAUAGAUAGGUCAUUCUGUUUAGUUUCCCUCUGUAAGCGGACACUUCUGCCCACCCCUUCGCUGUGCCGCUCCCCCUCCCCAAGCGCACAGUCCAGCAGUUCCGAUUUGCCCUUGCUUCCUCAUGACCUGGUGCCUCCUUUCUAUAGAGACAUGGAACCAAUAAGCAAGCAAGCAGAGGGUGAGCUGCUUAAUUUUACUUACAUAUUGAUGUACUUAUUAUCUUCUGUGUCAUGUAGGACUUUUUAUAUAUGUAAUAACACUUUAGGCCACUUUUAAAUGAAUCAUUAGGAAUACAUGUCAUGCUGGAUCCUAUAAUCACAUUUUUUCUAGCUCGACUUUAUGUUCAAGACCUUUUGAGAAAGGGAAAUCGGGAAUUAGAACCACUUGAUCAGAAUAGUAUAAACCGUGAUUUUAGAGUAUUGUUAAUGUCUGAUAACUGACGAACAUUCAAAACACUGACCCUUUAAGUUUGUAAUCGGAGUAAUUAGCAUACCCCCUCAUAUUGGGGAAUCAUACUGGGACCAGGAGAAGAUAAAAGUGAUACCUAAAAGGACAGUAUGCAAAGUUAUAUUUUGACCUUGUGCAUGAGUUUAUGUUUUCAGUGUUCUGUGUACAUAUAGACUUGUUGAAGUUACUAUUUCCAAUAUUUAUAUUAGAAUAAUUAUAUAUACACUUUAUAAUUUUAACCACCAUUUUUAAUAGCACUUGUACUUAUUGUAUUGUAAUAAAUUUCACUUUAAACACAAAAGUUUAAUUUACAAGUUUUUUUUCUGAUAUAGAAUUACUUAAAAGAUAACAAAAAAGUGAGAAUUUCUUGGUGUUCUGAAUUGAGCAGCUUCAAGUGAUAAUCUGUCCUGCAAUAAAUAAUAGCAAUAAGAUUUAAGAUUCCAUUUUGAAUGUCUAGUUGGCUUAUAAUAGCUUUUCUUUUCCUAAGAUGGAAAUAGUGUUUAAUUUAUGCUACCUUUUGCAAGAAUGUCUUUGUUGCUUAACACACAUUUCAAAUAACCCAGGUAGCCUUAAUGUGUAGCAUUAAAGCAUUGCUCCUUGAUUGUAUUUUCAGAAUGAUAUAAAGUACUCGCCUAUAGAAUAUUUGUACCUGUUCCCUAAUAAUGUAAUGGUUUGUCGAAGUAGUAGAUUAUUGGAUUUGCUAUAUUUCUGAAAACAGACGUUUAUUUUGGAGUGCCUAUGUAUCAUUGAAGUAAUAAAUGUCAAUGGUAAGUUUUGCUAUAUAUGAAUGUACAAUACAACAACUUUACGACACAAA